AUGCGGCCCGGAUCCGCCGCCUGGCCUCGAUCCGCCGCCGCCGGGACCCCUGCUCCGGUCGUGGGGCCCGGAUCCGCCGCCGCCGGGGCCUCUGCUCCGGCCGUGGGGCGCGGAUCCGCCGCGGCCGGAACCUCUGCCACGGCUGCUGCUGCCCUGGCGGCCCUUGUGCCCGCUGCUGCUGACGCCGCAGCAGGGGCCGCCGCCGCCCAGCAGGCCGCGGCCCAGCAGGGCCCCCUGCCCGACGCCGCCUCUGCUGGCGCGGGUACGGGGGCUGCAGGGCCUCCGGUCGCCGCGCAGGACGCCCACCGCGCCGCCGGGAAGCAGCCCGCCGCCGCCGAUCCCACGUGGCCCGAGCUUGGGAUGCCUCCCAUGGAUGUGCCGCUCUCCGCAGUCGCCUUCCGUGGGCAGCAGGUUGUCCCGGCACGCCGUCACCAUUUCCGGUGA